AAAACUCUGUUUCCCAUUAUGCACUUUCGAUACAGUUGUUGUUCAUGAUAAGGCGAUUUUCACACUCUGGAGGUAUGCGAUCCGUGUCUCUUGAUCCGUCGUAUUCCAUCGUCGUCCACCGAUAUAAUACGUCUCCCCGGAAACUAAGGUAUCGGAAAUGUAGACCUAAUUAGAAGUUCAAGCAUUAUAACUGGUUGCAACUGUUUUUACAUUUCAUAGAAAUGUAAAGUAAUUGAAAAUUUGAAAUUGAUACGAUCAGCUAAAACAAAAACAAGGGUUCACCAUGUCCGGCCCAGGGGUACGGUUGCACAUCCAAGAUCACCAUGUGGUGAUGGAUAAUGGCAUAGUCCAGGUUACGCUAUCAAAUCCAGGUGGGAUUGUCACCGGGAUACGAUAUAAUGGUGUUGACAAUUUGCUUGAAGUUCUAAACAAGGAGUCUAAUAGAGGGUACUGGGACCUUGUUUGGAGUCCUCCAGGAAGCAAAGGGAUCUUUGAUGUGUAUGACAAUACUACUUUCUUUUGUAAAUUCAUGGUGUCUUUAAUAUUAUUCCAACAAUUCAAUUUCUCAAUAAAGAUUUAUUCAAAUGCAUUCCCUGAUUUGAGUUUGAUAUUAUAUUAGGAGUGGUUGAGUCACACUUGAUCAGAAAUAAACUGGUUGUCAACGAAUUUGCAAUUAAACUAGGAGAGGUUUUUUAUGUCACACAAGCAUAAGUAAAACAGUUGUCGAACCCUCUAUUUUGGUUACAUGGUCUACUUGCAAUCUUACCAUUUCCACUUGUUAGUAGUGGGUUUUAAGCCUAACUCAACCUCACAAAACCGGCUUAUCUCUAGUCGAUGUGGGACUUCCAACACACCCCCUUCACGCCGAGGUAUAGACAUCUCGUGCGUGAUAGUAGAAAUUGGGUGGUCCGAUAGUGGCCCGAUUGCGGGUGGAAGAGAAGAAUAGAAUGCCCACUUAGAACUCGCUAGGAUAGGCUCUAACCAUGGCUCUGAUACCAUGUUAGUAGUGGGUUUUAAGCCUAACUCAACCCCACAAAACCGGCUUGUAAGGUGAGGUUUGCACCUCACUUGUAUAUUAUCAUUUGGCCUUAUCUCUAGUCGAUGUGGGACUUCCAACACCACUAUUGUUCGAAGGAUAAUAUUUUAAGCACAUGCAAACUCAAGCUGUUAUGGUUCAGGAUUCAAGGAACUUGUUUUAAAGUUAUAGUUCAAAAUGAGGAACAGGUGGAGCUUUCUUUCACAAGAAUGUGGGAUCCUUCUCUAGAGGGAAAAUUUGUCCCCUUAAAUAUUGACAAAAGAUUUAUAAUGCUCCGCGGUUCAUCUGGCUUCUACUCUUACGGAAUUUAUGAGCACUUAAAUGGAUGGCCAGAUUUUGAUCUCGGUGAAACGAGGAUUACUUUCAAGCUAAGAAAAGACAAGUUUCAAUACAUGGCUAUGGCAGACAACAGGCGAAGAAUUCUUCCUUAUCCAGAAGAUCGGUUACCUGGAAGAUGCCAAACCUUGGGCUACGCAGAAGCUGUCCUACUAACCAAUCCCAAAGACCCACAUUUGCAAGGAGAGGUGGAUGACAAGUAUCAGUAUUCAUGUGCAAACAAGGAUAAUCGAGUUCAUGGGUGGAUAUCUUUCAGUCCACCAGUAGGCUUCUGGCAGAUCACACCUAGUGAUGAGUUUCGUUCUGGUGGACCCCUCAAACAAAAUUUGACCUCACACGUAGGCCCCACCACACUUGCAAUGUUUCUUAGUGCUCACUAUGCGGGACAAGAUUUGGUGCCUAAAAUUAGAGGUGGUGAAUCAUGGAAGAAGGUUUUCGGUCCUGUAUAUAUUUAUCUCAAUUCUGCACCAGUUGGUGACGACCCACUUUGGUUAUGGGAGGAUGCAAAAAUACAGAUGAUGAAUGAAGUUCAAAGUUGGCCAUAUCAUUUCCCAGCUUCAGAGGAUUUUUUAAAAUCGGAUCAGCGGGGCAAUGUCAGUGGCAGAUUACUUGUCUUAGACAAGUACAUCUGCACAGACUUAAUAUCAACAAAUGGUGCUUAUGUUGGCCUGGCCCCACCUGGAGAUGCAGGCUCAUGGCAAAGAGAAUGCAAGGACUAUCAAUUCUGGACCAGAGCGAAUGAGAAUGGAUUUUUUACCAUUAGAAAUGUACGUCCAGGCGACUAUAACCUUUUUGCUUGGGUGCCUGGUUUUGUUGGGGACUACAAAUUUGUAGAUUCUAUGAAGAUAACGCCAGGUUCUUACACUGAAUUGGGUGAACUUGUAUAUGAGCCUCCAAGAGAUGGUCCCACAUUGUGGGAAAUAGGUAUUCCUGAUAGAUCUGCUGCAGAAUUUUAUGCUCCUGAUCCCAAUCCCCAAUACAUUAAUAGGCUUUUUAUCAACCACCCAGACAGGUUCAGGCAGUAUGGAUUGUGGGAAAGGUAUACAGAAUUGUAUCCUGAUGCAGAUUUGGUUUACACAGUUGGUGUUAGUGACUAUACGAAGAACUGGUUUUAUGCGCAGGCUCCGAGGAAAAAAGAGGAUAACACUCUUCAAGGGACCACCUGGCAAAUCAAGUUCGAAGUCAGAAGCGUGGUUAAGGGAAGUACAUACAAACUGAGAGUUGCAAUUGCAUCUGCAACAUUAGCUGAAUUGCAGAUUAGAGUAAAUGAUCCCGAUUCUGCGCGACCCCUAUUUACCACUGGAUUAAUAGGAAGGGACAACUCAAUUGCAAGACUUGGAAUUCAUGGAAUCUAUUGGCUUUACAAUGUGAAUAUACCAGGUUCUCUUCUUAUUGAUGGCACAAAUACCAUAUAUUUUACGCAACCAAGAUGCACCAGUCCCUUCCAAGGAAUCAUGUAUGAUUAUAUUCGUUUGGAAGGCCCACCUUCUGAAGGAAUUUAAGUUAACCUUGGGACGUAAAUGAUACAAAAUGUUUACUAUAUAGUUGUAAACAUUGUAUGCGUUCUACUAUCUUAUAUAUAUAUAUAUAUAUAUAUAUUUUUUUUUUUCUGUAAUCUUCUGUUGUCGUUGUGUAUUUGUUUGGAUUUUGUUUGAUAUUCACGAGCAUUCUGAAAGCACACAUGAUGUUUUUGUUUGACUAAAUCAUCCGCCUUUCAAGUGCACGGGUAGAUUGCCAAGGAUAAAUAGCCACUGUAAGCUAUAUAGAGUUAGUUGUAUGAGAGAAUGAAUAAUUAGUUACUAACAUUAACAAGGGCAUCUAAUUCGAAUGAUAGUCCUCAGAUUUUUAUUUCUUC